GAACAGAUUCCCUCUCUGUACACCUUUGGGUUUCAUGUUUGAUCAUUUGAUUUCUAAAAAUCUAGCUGGGAAUAAUGUUUUUCCAUUUUAUUCUUCUGGUUGCCUCCUCAGUAACUUUUCUGUGCACCCACCAUGUGUCCAGCUGUGGUUUGGGCUGCACAGAGUGUCCUGUGUUCACUCCAUCUGCACUGGUAGUGAAGUACGGUGACCCAGCCAGUGUUACAUGUGAUGUAUGUCAGAAGGACUGCAGUGAAGAUGUUUUUGGUUUGGAGCACCCUGUGGGAAAAGUUACAGGACAUGGAACCACGAUGAUCUGGACAGUUGACAGACUGACUGAAUGGGGCAUAUCUGUCAUGUGCUAUUAUAACAAUGGUGCUGGUGAUCAGUGCUGUAGCGCUCUGGAUCUAUCUAUCUAUCAGCCUCCAGAAAGUGUCUCCAUCAGCUUUGUAAACCACACUGGGAUGAUGUUUGAGAAUCAGCAGUACACCCUGCAGUGUAGCGUACAGAACGUAGCUCCUGUUCAAAGCCUCACUGUGACCUUCUACAGAGGAAACACAGCACUGGGUCACCUACAGUCCAACCACAGUGAAGAGAAGAAACCAGUGAAUGAGACCUUUACUCUGAACAUCAAUUCCAGUAGAGAAGAUGAUGGAGCCCAGUACUGCUGUGAAGCCAAGCUGGAGCUGGGACCAGCUGGACCACAACCCCCUCCAGUGGUGACAUCAGAAAAACUAAAUCUUACACUCCAACCUUUUGGGGGAAGAAAUGGACAGGCAACAUGGAAGAGAGGCUCCAGCAGAAUAUUCAUUUUUCACUUCAUGUGUUUAAAGUUUCUGUUCUCUGCUUUGAUGUAAAUUCACGACAGAAUGUUGCAUGAAGCUGUUACAUCAAAAAAUCAUUCCCUGUACAGACAGCUGUGUAAAAUGACUUUUUUUUGUUUUUAUUUUGAUGUUUGAGCCUGAGAGAGCGUUAGCCUUGGAGUGAAGAGUGUUUGAUGUUUGUGAGGACACAGAACAUCCUGGGAUCACUGACUGGUUAGAGUUGCUUCAGAAGCUAAAGUGAAACUACAUGAUAAAUGUGUAAAAAUUAUAAAUGUGAUAAAUGAUAAAAGUUUUACCUUGACUUGUAAAAUAUAAAGUUUUGAUGCUUGGAAUCACAGAGGUUAACCAGCGAAGAGCUAUCAAGUUGGUCACCAACGUAGCAGAAGCAGCGUCGAGGUGGCUGUGGAUCAAAAAGAGGAGAGGCAUGGGAUGUAGGGUAGCGCCCCCCAACACAUUUAUAUAGUAGAUAAUGAAAACAAAACAGGAACUUUCUGUAAUUGUAAUUGUUUAUCAAUUACUUUGGUGUAGUAUGAGUGAAGGGUGUUCUUUAUUAAGAUUUUCAUUGAAAAGCUGUGAAAGUUAUGAUAAUACAGUUAAAAGUUCAAAAUCUACGCCCUCCUCCACAUUUUCCAGAGCUCUCCAGUUGAUCUUUGCUGCAAUGUUUCUGACUCCCAGGCCUUAUGUUUGAGACUGGCAUUAGACUGAUAGGAGUUUUCGUUCAUGCUAGAGACAACGCCCACAUGCUAAUGUUUCCAUGUUUUAAUAUAUGCAUUGCUUCCAGUUUUGGUGUAGCUUAUAGGUGUCAUCUCAUUUUAG